AUGUCUCCUGCCCUCGCAACCUCCGACACCGCGCCCCGUACGUCGGCCGUGAACAUUUCGUUCAUUUACAACGAAUAUGUGGGCGUGAUCAAGAACUUCAACAAGAGGACACCUGUUGCGUCGCUGCGUAUCCCGCUGUGCCAGCAGAUCAAGGCCGCGCUCGGCAUCGACAUUGUCCCAGCACAGCUGAAGCUGCAUACGAUGAUCAAGACCGACGGCCGCUGGCCAACCGAGGCAACUGUCAGCAGCGCCGCGUCUAGGGCAACCGUUGUCACCAACUCCAUCGGCAUGGAGUUUGAGGAUGCGGGUGCAGAGGGCCACAUCCAUCUGAGGGUGACGCUAUCAAGAGCUACUGACAACAACGCGUCGGGGACAUCCGACCACCAAGAACCCGACGAAGAGAUCAAGCCUGCUGGAACGGAAACUUCAACUGCCCUAGGCCAACGCAAACCAGGUGGAGAUUCGAAGGCUGGAGAUGACGUCGUAGAUACCGAGAGUGAGGCACAACUGAAGGCCUUGCGCCGGUUUAACCUCUCGUGCGGGACGCCUGUGUUGGGCAAGAAGCGCAAGCACUCCGACGUCGAACAAGGAGACAACUUCAAGCUGCACCGCAUGGCGUUCUCCGAUUUCACCGAGCACCAGACCAAGCGCAUGCUUCGAAGCGUUCAAGAGCUAGACUUUCGCCAAAAACAGAAAGAGCUGCCGGUUGAACUCAUCAAGACGAUCAAGGACAGAUUUGCAGAGCUGGUCAAGUCCGGGAAGGCUCCAUGGAACCAGCAGGAGGCUCAGAGACGACGUUUUAUCGAUGCCCUGAUGACCCCCAUCGUUGCGGCGGUGAAUGUGCAACACGAAAAGACCAAGGGCAAGCUCGACCUCCUCCCAGAGCACACGAUCCAAGGUACGUCCCUCAUGGCCGGUGGGGUAGCCAACUGGGUCAGCGCUCGCGGGAAACGGAUGCUUGUCGUAAUCGAGGCGAAACAAUACGACAUCUUCAAGCAUCAACAUCAACUCCUCGCAAUGAUGGAAGCCGCGCGGAUCAUCAACGGCGGUCAAGAACUCGAGAAGGUUCACGCGCUCAUAACCGACUUUCAGAAUUAG